AUUAAGUGUGUAAAAAAAAGAUUCACAUGAGCUGUGAACUCUCUGUUUCAAUUCAACAUAUGACCAUGGGCUGAGUAUCUGCAUGCUGUUGCAAACUGUUUCAAUGUUUUAUAAAUGGGUCUGUAAAUGUCACUCAAGGCGUGUUGUGUGGUAGAGGGUAGCUAGCACCAAUCAGCUAACAUGAGAUGUUGAACACAGAAGCACUAGACUCACACUCAUUGAACCUGCGCUGUGAGGAAAUUGAUACGCAAUGGUCAUAUAAAUGAUAGUGGUUCACACAACACAGAGGACAUGUCGGUGCUCUAUUCUUCUGUUCUGCAUUUGGCAAUGCUUCUGAGUCUCCACUCAGGUUUGCAGAACCUAACUACACUGCCAAAUCCAACAGCAGUCAUAUUACACAAAGGAAAUUCAGUGACGAUCCACUGCACCCACAAUUUACCCAAUGACAUUGAAAUAUUUACAGUAACUAUAAAAGGAAUAGAGGUGCUGUGCUUUUCUCAGUUUAACAUAGAAGAGUGGCUGGUGUUGAAGACAUGUAAAGAAAGCAUACAAAUUAAGUGGAAUAAUGAGACCAGAGAAAUCUUCUUUUCACUGAUGAAUCUACAGAUAAGUGAUUCUGGACUUUACUCUUGUGAAGUGAAAAGAGCUGCACCUCCACCUGCACAAGUUUUCUCAAAAAACAUAACUAUUUGUGUAACAGCCCCUCCUGCAGUGUCUGUGUCUGAUGUAAAGGAGUCCAGUAGUGGACUUCCCAUGUUGCUGUGCUCCUCUCAGGGGUUUUACCCGAAGACCAUAGAGCAGGCGUGGUUUAGAGAUGGUCAGCUCCUCAACACCAAACUUUCAGACAGGCAGAGAGAGGUCAACACAGAUGGAUCCAUCAACGUCCACUCCUACCUGCCUCUGUCCUCAGGACCCAGCCAGGCUGGCCUCUAUCUCUGCUGGGUCAACCACUCUUCCCUCAGCCAUCCCAUCACUGUCAAUCACACAGUCAUGUCCAAUGGUGUCCCAGUGCGUUGGCCAUUUAUUUUAGUCAGCAUUGGAGCAGUCUUGAUUCUAGUGGUCCUUAUCAUCAUGAUCAUCAAGUGUACACAUUUCAAGAGAGUCAAACACCUUUUUCUUCUUCAAGAACCUGUCCACACUGUCUCCUCCAUGACUGAGAACAUCAUCUACUCAACACUGGGAGACCAUCAUCCAAUCACUCUCUCCACUGCUGUACCAACAUAGACAAGGGAUCAACAAGCAGUACUGUACCAAUAGGGCCAUAGACAGUACCACCUGAUGUACCAAAUCCUAGGAUGGGAUCCUAGCUGCAGAUGAAUCAUGUAGGACUUUCUGAGAAUCACCAUGUUUGGGACACUUGACUGGGGAAUGAAAAAAUAUAAAUUUGCUUGUAGGCUAUCUAUUCUAAUGAUGUGCAUAAAAUCAAUUUGAUGUUGAAUGGUUGUCCAUACUGUAAUGCCUCUGAUUAUGUUAAUCUAUGAUAAUCCAAUGACGACUGUCAUUGAUACCAGUAAUAGUCUCUAUGUCUGGGUAGCAGCCCAGUACAAUUCCUCCUCCCAGCUGCCCACUGCACUGAGGCUAGGAAACACUGUCACCACUGAUAAAUCCAUGACAAUUGAGAAUUUCAAUAAGCAUUUUUCUACAGCUGGCCAUUUUUAUUUUUAACUUUUAUUUUACUAGGUAAGUCAGUUAAGAACAAAUUCUUAUUUUCAAUGAUGGCCUAGGAACAGUGGGUUAACUGCCUGUUCAGGGGCAGAAUGACAGAUUUGUACCUUGCCAGCUCAGGGAUUUGAACUUGCAACCUUUCAGUUACUAGUCCAACGCUCUAACCACUAGGCUACCCUGCCAUGCUGCUGCCAUGCUUUCCACCUGGCUACCCCUACAUUUUCUCUGUUGUAUUACAGGCUGUACGUUUGUUUAUUCCAUGUGAAACUCGUGUUGUUGUUUGUGUUGCUUUAUCUUGGCCAGGUCGCAGUUGUAAAUGAAAACUUGUUCUCAACUAGCCUACCUGGUUAAAUAAAGGUGAAAUAAAAUAAAUACAAAAAUAACAUUUAAAAAAUGAUAUGCCAUUAAAAAACAUAUUACAUUUUA